GAUGACGUCAAAAUAUGGCGUCUCAAUCAGCUGGGUGUUGUGCAGAGUGUGCUUGAGAUGCUCGUCUUUAGAAAAUCAACGAAGACUGCCGUCUGUCUACUCGAAUACGUUACAAAUGGCACGGUAGAAAACAGGAAGACGCAAAACGCUGUUUCAUUUCUUAAAUCAUACCGAUUUAGUUUUGAUCAUGGUGCUUCAAGCGAAUUGAGAACACCCUCGGCGUGUUAAGCGAGACGAUUAUUAAUUCAUGAAGUCGCGUGAAAAGUAUUCCAUUCUGUUUAAAUUUAACGCACCGAAAGAUGACGCGUAUGUAAAAAUACAUAAAAUAUGGUCGGUGGAAGAGCUUCGUGAACGCGUUCGAAUUUGGGCCUCCUAGCGCGUUUUAUCAUUUUCUCAUAGUAUUCUUAAACGUUAUGCAAGUUCUCUAGACGAAACACGAUGUACACGGCGUGCGAGCAGAUGCCGAGGCCAUUUUCAUGUUUGCUCCAGUUUCGUAAUCAUUAUCAACUCCAUAUUUGAAUUCAACAAGUAAUGCAGUGGCAUGUUUCUCUGGUUCCCGAAUUUCUGCCGUCUCUUCACGUGUUCAUGUUCCAUCGAUGACCUGCUUAUAUUUGUUGCAACAUUCCUUAACGCGCAAUGAUACAGGAAGAUCAUGAUCUGACGAAGAAGGUCCUUGACACAAUAUGCCACCAGAUAGACCUGAUGCAUCGGAUGUUGAAGUAGGAUUAAACAACGCGCAAGUUUUCAAUUUUAGAGAAACAGUAUACACAAUGAAAGAAAAAGAAAAAGAGAAUACAAGUAGUUAUAUAGAAGGAAAUUCAACCGACGACCUCUCCAUGUCCGAAAAAUUAAUUGAAAAAAAUAGCCAGUCAGACGAUGAUCUGACCUCUUUAAGUUGGCUUCAUCAGCAGAAUCUAUUGAAGGGUUUGGACAUUUCAAACCCUAAAGCGAUGAAAAAUGAAAAUGUUUUAAAUAACAAUGUGUGCGACGACAUGGCAGAUUUUUCCGAGAACACUAAUUCUGUGUCAAGCUUAGAUGAUGGUUAUUGUCCAGCAGAUAAUAACAUCAAGAUAAACAAUACGGCGUCGCAUGGUAAUAGUCAAAACUAUCAGCAUUCGAAUAAAAAUGGUCAAAAAUCAAUACAAAUCUUUCAGGAGUCGGUAAAAAAUCAUUACAAUACAUCACAGAACAGUCAGGCGAAGAUAUCUUUGAACAACAAUAAUCUGCCAGUCUCAAAUCGCAAUAAACACCCAACUCAUAUACCAUAUGAUCCUCAUUUGCAUAGAAACAGUAAACCACCAUAUUCAUUCUCUUGUUUAAUUUUCAUGGCUAUUGAAGAUAGCCCUGUAAAAGCUCUACCAGUCAAGGAAGUGUAUGCUUGGAUUUUGGAUCACUUUCCGUAUUUUAGGAAUGCUCCGACUGGAUGGAAAAAUUCUGUUAGACAUAACUUAAGCCUGAAUAAGUGUUUCCGUAAAGUAGAGAAGGCGCCAAAUUUGGGCAAGGGUUCAUUGUGGAUGGUAGAUUCCCAAUAUCGUCCGAACCUGAUACAAGCGUUGUCCCGUGCCCCCUUUCCUCCUCCCACUGCUCAAACUUUGUCUUCGCCCGAAAAGCAGCAAAAGAAGAGCACCAGUACACGCCUUCCAGAUCCUAUAUUGUUUCCAUACCUCUCCAAAAGACUGGCAUCGAGUAACAUUACCGAAAACACGGACACGGAAGUAGAUAGCGACGUAGACGCAGCUGCAGCUGCUAUGCUUUCUUUUAAACAUGGACCUAUUAUUUUAAACCACAAUAAAGAUCGCAAGAAGAAAGUACCGGAAUCCGAUGUGUUGGUUCCUGUAAUUACUAGAAGCUCCAGCGAGGACCAUACUUACAGUUGUAUUACCUCAGUGAGGCAGGACAGCAAAUAUUCAAAGAAGGAAGCGAACGCCGACUCUGACGAGCAGCGGAAGAUAGCAGAAGGUGCGGAUGCGCUUUUGAACUUAGCGGGUGUCACCACACCGCCGAAUCAGAGUAAGACACAUCACGUACAAGGUAUUAAUUCAACGCCAAAGUCUGAAGGUACGUCGAAGAUGAAGAAACGUUCCGCACCGAGCGAUUACUCGAGCCCACCCGAGAAAAGGCGUAAGCAUUGGCCAAAGUGGAGCGAAGGGAAACGGUAUUUAAAGCAAAUUAUAUAAGAAAGAAUCUUGGUUUUACGUUUAUACAUGUAGCAUGGCAAACUCCCUAUUCUUCUUUUUUACAUUCAAGCCCGAACUUGGCGAAAUUCUAUCACUAGUAUCGGUUUUCGAAGCAGGAACUCGAAAUUUUACAUCGCUGACAAUGAAUAUAUCGUCUUUCGAUUAAGACUAACGUUAGUAAAGAUUUGCAUCGAAGUUAUCUCCAUUCUUAGGCAUGUAAGAUGAAAGAGUGAGAAAAAUGCAAUAUAUUCUGCCGUGUUAAAAAAGGGGGAAAACUUUAUCAGGUGCAUUAAAUGGAAAAAGGAGAGUAGAAUUAUGGGGGGUGAUAGAUCGUUAUGAAGGACAAAGUAAAGGAAAAAAAAAAAUUGGCGGUCGCUCAGGGUUUAGAACUCGCUAUAUGCCAAAAUGAAUUCAUUAGCAGUAAGCAACAAGCAAUAAUAGGUGGAUAGUGUAAUUAAAAAGGAAGAGUUACUUUCCUGAACACGUUAUUAAUACGUGGACGCAAUUACGAGCAGUUCAUAGAAUGUCAAUGAACGAGAGACACUAUCGUGUACUAAAACUGAAGUAAUGAUAAACUCUUUAGACCUAUUGUGACAAUUAUACAUAUUAAUUCAUAGAGAGUUUAAUUAAUGAUAAUAGAGUUCUAUAUUAGGUUCUUUUGUAGAUAUGUAUAGAAAUAUAAUUAAUAUCUAUUGUAUAUUCUAUAGAGAAAUUGAUAAUAUAUUUAAAAAAGAUUAUAUAUAUAUAUAUAUAUAUAUAUGUAUAUACAUAUAUAUAUUCAUACACGUAUACCUACACACGCUCAUUCAUUUACACUCGAGAUAUACCUGGUCAUGUACGCAGCUGUAUGUGUGCAAAUUGCGUGCCGCAGAAACUAUCAAUAACUAAAAAGAACUCUAUAAAAAUCGAGACACAGUAUAUUAAGGAUUUGAAAUGAAA